UGAAUCAAUUGGUUUUUGUUUUUGAAAAACGAAUACGUUACGUCACGAGUCUUCCCUCUGAAACCUUUUCAACUUAAAUGUUUUUGUUUACAUUUCAAAGUGUAUGGUACUGCACUUUCACACGCACAACUUUAAACAUUAACCAUACAUUCCCGAGGGGACUUGUGACUUCUCAUCUGCUUCAGACGGUGUUAGUGUGAAUUAAAUGAGCGACCGUGAGCAUGUUGCUGGACGUUGUCCUUUGGGUUGCUUUCGCGUCCAACUGGGCCUUCGGUCAAACCGAGGCUAUUACUUCGGAUUUAACAUACGUUGCUGCUGUCUACGAACACCGCGUGAUCCUCAACCCGGACCCUCAUAUCCCCCUUUCUCGGCUGGAUGCCCUGCAACACAUGCGCAAGAACCUGGCCGUAUUCGAGGAGCAAGCCGACCUGGCUGCCCGGCAGGGUGCCCAGAUCAUUGUCUUUCCGGAGGAUGGUCUUCACGGUUUCAACUUCAGCCGUUCGUCCAUUUCCGGUUACCUAGAGACCAUUCCUGACCCCGAAAAGGAAAAAUGGAACCCGUGCACAGAGUCAGAAAAAUUUAAUAAUACAGAGGUUCAGCAGCAGUUGAGCUGCAUGGCUCGCCGUCACAACCUUUACGUGGUGGCCAAUAUGGGUGAUGUGCAACCGUGCCCUCUCCAGACAGACCCUACGUCUUCCUGUCCCACAGAUGGACGCUGGCAGUUCAACACCAAUGUGGUUUUCAGGUCCGACGGACUGUUGGUGGCGCGCUACCAUAAGCAGAACCUUUAUUUUGAGGAUGCUUUUGACACGCCGCCACAGCCUGAGAUCAUCAGUUUUGAGACCACCUUUGCGGGGAGGUUUGGCCUAAUCACCUGCUUUGACAUCCUCUUCUAUGAGCCUAAAGUCACUCUACUGGAGAUGGGGGUGCGUCAGCUGAUCUUCCCCACCGCCUGGAUGAACCAACUGCCCCUCCUGGACACCAUCCAGUUCCAGCGGGCGUUCAGUCUGGGCUCUCACGUCACGCUGCUCGCCGCCAACAUACGCAGUGACCGUCUCAUCAUGACCGGAAGUGGCAUCUACACUCCGUUUGCAGCAACCUACCACCACGCGCAGAGCGGAGACCCGGAGGAGGGCCGCCUGCUGGUUGCCAGGAUACCCGUCCUGGGCGUGGCCACGGAAUAUGGCCAAGUCCAGCGGAUAGCAGCAGAUUUGAGCUACUGUCACCAUGACGACUGUCCUUCCGAUCCGACACCAUCCUCCACAAUCACCUCCACCAUGAUGCAUGAUCCAUUUAAAUUUGUCCUCCUGGCCAACACAGAAGGCAACCUGAAGGUGUGCGAUGGCGCCUUUUGUUGCCGCCUACAGUUUAAGCGCUCGCCAAAAAGUAACAGUGAUGAACUCUAUGCACUGGGAGCUUUUGCGGGAACUCACACUGUCAACGGGCGUUAUGCUGUGCAGGUGUGUGCAGUCGUUCGUUGUGCGGGGCCCGAGGCCAGCUCAUGUGGACAGGAAAUCGAAGAGGCGGAGACAACAUUUGAUUUUGUUCUGGAGGGUGAGUUUGGGACCAACUACGUUUACCCGUCAGUGCUGGUGAGCCGUUACAUCCUGGAACAGCCGGAACGGGUGGAGAAAAGUACAGGGGGAUGGGUGACCAUGAAACAUUCGAACACAGAAGGCGGGCUGGUCACCGCGUGCUUGUACGGCCGAGUCUAUCACCUGGAUAACAAAUGACCCGCUACGAUUCUGUCAGGAGACAAAACAUAUUCAAUGUGGACAAGAUGAGAAUUGUGUCAAAAAUCUUGGAACAGGGAAUAAAAACAAAUAUCUUUA